CAACAAAAAUAUAAACAAAAGGGACAUGAUAUAAAAACACAACACAAAAUCUACAAACCAAAACCCCCAAUCCGAAAAUCCUAGCAGGCUAAACCCAUGGCAGCUACAACCACAGCACUCCAUGCAUUCUCAGUUAAGGUUAGAGCUUCAUGGGAUACACAACUUACUCCUUCAUACAACCCACACCGAACUUAUCCCAAAAAGCCCACUUUAGUCACUGAACAAACCCUUAAAUCUAAUUCACCAGACCGCAGUUUGUUAUCUGUUUCCAACCUUCUUAGACGCAAUUCUCCAACCCCAAGUCAAGCAGUGGCUAUGGAAGAAAAGUAUAUGGGAUUAGAUACGUGGAUGCCAAGUGCACCAAAAGUAGAGAAACCUCGCUCAUUGUACAAUGCUGCUUCGUUGGCGUACAUUGGAGAUUGCAUAUAUGAGGUCUUAACGCUUUCUCUGGAUGCUUGCUUUCUAUACGCCCGCAGACAUUUCCUGUUUCCACCGCUGAAUAUUGAAGAAUAUAAUGAUCGUGUGAUGGCUGUAGUACGAUGUGAAGCCCAAGAUGCGAUGCUCCAGAAGCUAAUGAACGAAAAAGUUUUAUCUGACGAAGAAAGGGAUGUUCUUCGGUGGGGAAAAAAUCUAUCCUCCUCCAAAACACGGACUAAAAAACGUGCUGGUGUAGCUGUUUACAACAGAGCAUCAUCUUUGGAAACGCUGGUUGGUUAUUUAUAUCUUACAAAUGUGAAACGUCUGGAGGAGAUCAUGCUAAAGUUAGGCUUCUCAACAGGUGUUUCCACACAAAUGAUAUUUGAAGAAGCAAGCGCUAAUCAAAAUAGUUGAUGUGAUGAGGACAGAAAAGCUAGAAUCAAUCUGCUGAUGUGGAGACUCUGUUAUAGAUUGGAUAAGCUUUUGGUGUUGAUAAUUAAGGAUUAAAAUAUCGUAUACUGGGAUUUGGUAAUAGAAUUAUGAGAUAGUCUUGUGUUAGCUACGGAAAUGGGAAAUAUGUUGUUCACAUCUUGAAUUAGAAUAUUUGAUCAGUUACAAAUUUUGUACUUAUCUUUUAAGUGAUAAGAUAUUAAUUGUUAUGUGAUUCUUAA